CUCCAGCUCCAGCUCCAGCUCCUGCUCCUGCUCCUCUCCCAGAGCUCACAGCACCAUGAAGGUCCUGGCAGCCACCCUGGUCACUCUGCUCCUCCUGGCCACCUGCUCCCCAUCUGAAGGUCACCUCGAUGGUGUCCCCAACACCUGCUGCUUCAGCUACCACAAGCAGCCCAUCCCUCGGCACCGUGUCAGCUCCGUCUUCGUCACCAGCAGCUCCUGCAGCCUGCCGGCCGUGAUUGUGAUCACCAAGAAGGAGAACAAGGCGUGUGCAGAUCCAAAGGCACCGUGGGUGAAGGAGCUCCUGAAGCACUUCCAGAACCAGGAAAACUGAGCCUGCCCUGCUGACAGCCACAAUGCCACCCUGCACUUCCAGAGCCUGGAAAACUGAGCCUGCCCUGCUGACAGCCACCAUGCCACCCUGCACUUCCAGAGCCUGGAAAACUGAGCCUUCCCUGCUGACAGCCACAGUGCCACCCCUGCACAGCUUCCAGCUCUGGGCACAACAGAGAGGAUUUGACCCCCAGCCUCCUUCAACAGAGAAAAUUAUUUUAUUUAACUUAUUUAAGUU